GCAAAAGAAGCCAAACGGUUAAAAGAAUUCUUAGAAGAUUAUGAUGAUGACAGAGAUGAUCCAAAAUACUACAGGGGUAGUGCUCUUCAGAAGAGGCUACGAGACAGGGAGAAAGAGAUGGAAGCAGAUGAACGGGAUAGGAAAAGGGAAAAAGAAGAAUUAGAAGAAAUUAGGCAGCGUCUUCUGGCAGAAGGACACCCAGAUCCAGAUGCAGAACUCCAGAGGAUGGAGCAGGAGGCUGAGCGGCGUAGGCAGCCACAAAUUAAACAAGAGCCAGAGUCAGAGGAGGAAGAGGAAGAAAAGGCAGAAAAAGAGGAAAAAAGAGAAGAGCCGGAGGAAGAGGAGGAGGAGCCUGAACAAAAGCCCUGCCUUAAACCAACCUUACGACCCAUCAGCUCUGCCCCAUCUGUUUCUUCUGCCAGUGGAAACGCAACCCCUAACACACCUGGUGAUGAAUCACCCUGCGGCAUUAUUAUCCCUCAUGAAAAUUCACCUGAUCAACAGCAGCCGGAGGAGCAUCGGCCCAAAAUAGGACUUAGCCUCAAACUGGGUGCCUGCAAUAGUCCUAAUCAGCCCAAUGCUGUAAAAAGGAAGAAGCUUGCUGUGGAUAGCGUUUUCAAUAAAUUUGAUGACGAAGACAGUGAUGAUGUGCCCCGGAAAAGGAAACUUGUUCCCCUCGAUUAUGGAGAAGAAGAUAAAAGCAGUAUCAAAGGCAGUGUCAAUACGGAGGAAAAACGCAAACAUAUUAAGAGCCUCAUUGAGAAGAUUCCCACAGCAAAACCAGAGCUCUUUGCUUAUCCUCUUGACUGGUCAAUUGUGGAUUCAACACUAAUGGAACGUCGAAUCAGACCGUGGAUCAACAAGAAAAUAAUAGAAUAUAUUGGUGAAGAAGAAGCCACGCUAGUUGACUUUGUUUGUUCUAAGGUUAUGGCUCACAGCUCACCGCAGAGCAUAUUAGAUGAUGUCGCCAUGGUACUAGAUGAAGAAGCUGAAGUUUUCAUAGUCAAAAUGUGGAGGUUGUUGAUAUACGAGACAGAAGCGAAGAAGAUUGGUCUAGUGAAAUAAAGCACUCUCCUUGCUUCUAGGGUUCCAUUUCAGUUUUGGGCUUUUUUUUUUUUUUUCCCCCAUCAUUCAAAGACUUUGAAUUUUCUCUGUUCUCAGAGAUUUGAGACCUGUAUUUUUUUAUGUAGAAAAUGUGAAUUUUUUUUGUCCUCUGCUCUGAGGCCUCCUUUACUCUUCUCAGUUAGUUAUCUGAAUCCUGCAUUGGUUCUCCUUAUAAUUCACAAGGUACAAUUACCGGUAUGUUUUAUAAGCUGCAGCUACUGUACAUGCUCUCUGGUAAUUUUGCUAUAUUACUGAGUCUUGUAAAUAUUAAGGAAAAAAAAAAGCCC